UCUCCGCCUUCCGAGCCCCUCGUUUCCUGCUGCUGGCGGAGGCCGAGGGAGAAGGUGGCGGUGGAGGCGGUGACGGAAAGAAAAGUGCCCCGGAGCCGGAGAAGCGGUCGCCUGCCUCCACGCCCGCUCGUCCCUGAAGGAAGCCGCCGCCGCCAUCACCCCUUCUUCCUUUCGCCCCGCUGCCUCCUCGCUCCCCGUUUUCGUUCCCCUCAGGUUUCCCCUCCGCAGCUGCCGGAUUUCCCUGCCUUCCACCCCCUCGCCCACCCGGGACAAUAAGAAGCGGGAGAUGUCCUCCUCCGGCGGCCACCAGCAAAGCCAGAGCCGCGCCAUCCCCACCAGGACGGUGCCCAUCAGCGACUCUUCGCAGCUACCUCAUGACUAUUGCACCACGCCCGGGGGGACCCUCUUCUCCACCACGCCCGGAGGUACCAGAAUCAUCUAUGACCGCAAGUUUCUGUUAGAUCGGCGCAAUUCUCCCAUGGCUCAGACCCCUCCUUGCCACCUUCCCAAUAUCCCAGGAGUUACCAGUCCUGGUUCUGUGACAGAAGAUUCCAAAGUGGAAGUUAACAAUCUGAACAAUCAUGAGGGGAAGCCUAUAAUUGGUGAUGAUGCUCAAUUUGAGAUGGACAUCUGAUUUUUCCUGAGGGUAACCAUGAAGAGACAGCAAUUCCUGAUCACCUGUGCACAUCUGAUUUUGAUCAUCAGGUUCAAUAACUCGAAGGAUGAAAGAAGAAAAAGAAGAAGUUGCUGUUUCCACAGAAUUUUCACUUCAGCUUUUGAAGUGCCAAAGGAUAAGAGGACUCUCCUUGAUUUCCAUUAACCAUACCAUGCUUCCUACCCAUCCCCCGCUCCUCUGCUUGCCUUACUCACUCCCUAUGACUGACUUGGAGCCCAUGAUAAAUUUAUACGGCUAAGGAGUGUCCCUUGGCUUCUCGCACUUUAGAGACAACUGUUCAAAACAUGCACAUGCGAGAAUUUAACUUCUAUCAACAAUUGGAUAUUUAUUGCAAAACACACAAGGGGCAUGGAAAGGGUGGAUAUAUGUUUGAAGUGACAUGACACUGCCAUUGUUCUCCUUUCCCUUAACUGCUGUUAAAUUGAUGUCAAUUUAUUAACUGGUUCCUAUGUUAUAUCUCCCUUAUAUUUCUGAAUCCUGUUGCUCAACUUGUCUUUUUUAGUUAGUAUACUCUUUCAUGUGGGGGCUGCUGUGAGAUUUUCCUAAAAGAGUAUUAUUGAAGUUCUUUUCUGCUUCCCUUCAAAAAUUCUUUUUUUAAAAAAAAUAGAUAAAAUAAUUUAGAAUCAUCACUUCAUCAUGCAUUCAUUUCACUUCGCAUUUUGUCCCAAUAUCAUUCCCCCUCAAAAAGGUUUCUCUCCAGUUUCCUCAUUUAACUCCACUCCCCUGGCCCCAGUAUUAAAAAUGAACCACAUCUUUUCCUAAUAUAAUUGGGGAGUAUCACACUUGAUGGGCUUCUCUACCAGUGUUUCUCAAACUCAGCUAUUUGAAGCUGCGUGGAAUCUGCUUCCGGAAUUCCAAGAGUUGAUCUACACAGCUUAAAGUUGCAAAGGUUGAGAGACACUGUUCUAUACUAUUUCUCUUCAGUCUUUAAUUUUUGCUGCUCAAUCACAUCUGGUGGGUUCUUGGCAAGGGCAUCUUCUUGCAAAAAGAAUGAAAUAAAGCAUAACUAGGACCAAUUUUUAAAAAAACGAAAUUUGUGAAAAAGUCUUGGUGGACUAGGGAACCUUAAGAAUCAAUUAAUAAUUAAGUUGUUAAAGUGCUGAUUUCAUGAUGUAUGACCUCAAAUGAAUUUGAAAGGGUGACUAAUCAGAAAGAUUUCACUGCAUUUUUUGAACAAGACCCGCUUGUUUCUCGGUUACUAUCUUCUCUUUCUCAAAUUCAUACAUUAUUAAAUCAAUCACUUGGACCUAUUGUAGAUCCAGGGUCACUAUGGAGGAAGAGUUGCUGAUGAUCUCACUUUAUUCUGUUUAUUUGGAUAUAUUGGCCAUCUCCCACCUACUGGUGACCCAACUCCCAAGUUGAUUAGUUUGGCAUGAGUGAACUUGUGUUUGCCUGGAAUUGUUGCAGAGAGCAAGUGGGAUCUCUCUCUGUAGGAAUUCAUAGGCAAUUGAGGUCUCCUUGUGAAGGAAAAAAAAACAGUUAUCAUGACAAAGAAAAUUGGUGGAGCAGUUUAAUACAGCCAAUGGCUAAAUUCAUGCAAUGACUUUAUGGUCCCUUGAUACUUUGCACCGUGAGAAUGUGCAAUAUUAGAUUGUUUAUAGGCCAGGGAUCUCCAAACUUGGUAACUUUUAAGACUUCAUCUCCCAGGAUGCCUCAGCCAAAAUGGAAUUCUGAGAGUAGAAGUCCAUAAAUUUUAAAAGUUGCCAAGUUUGGAGAUCCCUGUCCUAGGCUAAUGAAAUAAUAAUGCUUCAUUUAAAAAUAUGUCACCAAUAGAUGGAAAGCAGAUUUUUUUCAAAAGUUAAUUGUUUUAGGACCCAGACUUAACAAAAACCACAGUGAUGACAGCGGAAGACGUAUUUCCUUCUCUCAGAAGAGGGAAUACUGCUUAAGACAAUGCUUGCUGUGACCUCACAUACAUGAGGUAGGGUUUUUUUUAAAGAUAGCAAAUCCACAGUCCCUGUCUUCAGUGAUGCUUUCCUCCUUUAUAACUUUAUUUUGAAAACAAAGCCUCUAAGGCAAGGAUAAGCUACCAUGACCCACCUAGAUGUCAUUAGACUGCAACUUUCACUAUCUCUGGCUCUUGGUCUUGCUAUCUGACAGCGACGGGGUGGGGGGGUGGGGUGGAGAUUCUGCUGUUCUAAGGUUCUUGCUUCUCUAAAAUAUUUGCCUCUGAUUCCUUUAGGAAGUCUUCCAAGAGUGAUUCAUGUGCUACCUCAAAAACAGAAUGACUGAAUUGUGCUAGCUUCCCUAGAGGGGAGGUCACACCGAUGUGGCAAUUUUGCACAUGGAUUUUAUUGUUCAGGCAUAAUUGGGAGUGGGAAGUGAUACAGCCUCAGGGAAUGUGGCAACUAUACUUGUUUUUAAUGUAGGCUUCACUUCUAGAAGAAUAUCUGAGAAUAUGUUCGUCCUAUUGGAUUUUGGCCUAUAAAAUGACUUAAUAAUUAGGUUCAGUUCUUGGACUCACCUGUAUUUUCAAAUCUGGAAAGUGACUUUGGCUCUUAAUUCUCUUUAUAAAUUUGUGACUUAUCAUAAUUGACUAGAUUUAGAAAGGGGGGAGGGAUUGUGAUCUAAAAUGUAGAGUACGGGGUUUUUGCUUCCCCUCUGCCUUUGUGGUAGCUUUGGAGGCAUGUAAGAAAGACGGGAUUUUAUUUUGUUUCGCCUACUGUAAAAUGUGAAUAAUACAGAAGCAAAAUUGCUUUGUAACUGUUGAUGUCUCAGGAAUAAUCUCCUAUUUUCAAUGUCUCUAGGGAAAGAUUGCUGCUUUCUAAAGUGGGCGACAAUGCUGUGACUAAGCUGCAGCUGGUUAAGGGAGGAAUCCCUUGAAGUGCAGCGCAAGCGUCUGGAUUUGGGCCAGGAGACUUCUAAAACGCCCUGCAUGUUCCGUCAUAAAUCAGAACACAGACAGAGAGUUCCAGUGUUUCUGUCUGGAAACUCCCUUCAUUGGCCGUUCAGUUGGUGGGAGAGGAGAGAUACAGCUUUGCUUGGCAGAAUUGGGCAAAACUGAAGUUUUAAUCACAAUCCCAGUUCAGCUAAGUCCAGCGAGGGAAGGAGAGGGUUAAGAAUAGAGUUUGAGGGACUGCUAAUAGACCUUGUUCUCAUUGUAUUUUUUUUUAAAGAUAUUUGGAACUUGGGAAUUAACUUUGGCAUGUUACUUUUUCCCUUGUAAUGAUUUAACUAGUAAAAUACCGUUAAUGGGACACAUUUUUCAUAAUUAAAAAAAUACUCCUUUAUCAGAGAAUUCCAUGAGAUUUCACAAAUCGGUUGCUGCUUGUAAAAACAACAGAUUCUUCUGAAGUCUGUUCCAUAUAAACGUAGCUGAAGGAAGGCGUGUUCCAGAGGGAAGGAUUGACCCUUAGUCAGAGUGAACAGAUUUUUCUUGUACUGCAGGAUUCCUCAUGUUUUUGGAUAAAACUCUCCUGGUCUGUCUCUGCUACAGUUUCCCCCAAUUUAUAAAAUUGAGUCAGCAUACUCAUAACCUUACCGAUGGUUCUGAGAAAAUAAUGAGUGUCAUUAAGAAACAAGUUAUGUUCCAUUUCCCUAAAACUUGGUUCAGUCCCUAUUUUCUUUCCCAUGCCUUUUGGACUGGAUCUCCUAUCCUUGUCUACAAAUAAAGCUGCAUUUUAUAAUAAAAGAAGAGAAAGCUAUAGAGGGGGGAAAAAGACUCCUUUAUUGCUUUCUUCUGCGGAAUCUAUCCCCCCCCCCCCAGCACAGUAUAGUUAUCAGUCUUUUGAGAACCUGCAGAGAAGAUGUAAGACAUAACAAUACUAGGCACUAAAAAAUUUUGCAGCUGGUUUUUAUUACUUGAAAAAAAUUCCAUCCAGUAGCUGGAAGGGUAGAAAUAAUGGCUAACCUGUUUUGCAGUCCUUCAAAUUCAGAACCACAAUCUCUCUUGUCAGUAAAUUAGUGUUGUAUCUCUCUUCUAAACAGAAGCCUCCAGUGCUAUAUAUGAUUAUUUCCCCUGCUUUUUUUUUUGUAAAGAAACUUUGGAAUAGCUGAUAAAUUUUAAGCUCUAGUGUGAGCUAAGUGAACCCAUGCCAAACAUUUGAGGUAAGUAAGGCUGCAGGCUUUAGUCAAUUCCUUUUUUUUUUUUUGCUAACGAAAAGGAACAGAUUUAUAUCUGAUGUAGAACAUGCUUUCCUUGAUUUUCUGCCCUUUUUCUUAAAAUUUCAUGUUGAAAUACUGUAUAGAUGUAAUCGACUGACUGAAAAUUAUUAAUUAAAAUUCAUUUAUUGAGUCUGUCUUUGGAUUUAUCUAGGAUUAGGCCAGCAGACAAACACAUUGAGGGAUAUCUAGUGGGGGAGUAGAGAAAGUGAAGGUGAUUGUGAUUGAAGCUCCUUUUUAAGGUCUUGUGCAUGCAGCACAUGAAAAAAAGGGAUGAGAUUUCAUUUGUCUCUUGACCACUGUUGGCUGGUUGGAAAAUUCUGGGAGUUGAAGCCCACACAUCUUCGAAUUGCCAAGGUUGAGAAACAUUGAUCUUGACUUUUGGCCAUAUUCUACCAGUAAUUAUGCAAAUGCUAGUGAAAAUAUCAAACAAGGAUGCCUAGUCUUAAGGAAGUUGUCCUUUGCAAAUAGCUUUUGCAGGUGGAAGGACAUUUUAUGUAACAUUUGCACACACAAAAAGAUUUUGGCAAUCAAUGGCAGACAUUUUGUACUUAGGAGAUGCCAUAUUUUCUUUAUGAAAAACUAAUGAUAAAUUGGACCAGCUUGGCUAUUCUGGAACCUCUCAACUUUCCAGAUAACAAUCUGAGCCUGAAUGACCAGAAGCUAUUUACAUCAUGAUUUAAAAAAAAAUAGCAAAAUCCAUCUAGAUAUAGUGUAGUAAUGGUGGAAGACACGCUGAACUAGAAGUCACCCUCACACCAAUAAUACAUAUUUGAAAACAUUUCAUUGAAAGUACCUGGAUUCCCUGCAUUGGGAUGAACACUUGUGCAAAAAUCUAGUAAUUCACAUGCCUAAGAAUGAGCAAAUGCAGAAAAUGCCUACAAUAGAAAAUUAACACAAGACUUAACUAUCAUAGGUUGUUUGCAGUUCUUUGCCAAUUCAGUUUAGGCUUGUUUAGCAAGAAAAUCAAGCAAGGGGUUGAGUAUUGCUUUCCAUCCCCUCCAAUUAAGUGAGACCAUUGAAUAUUUGACUGUUGUUUAUUUCUUUACUGUUGUGCUUAACAAUGCAAUUACUACACACACUGUUCUUUGUGGGGAAAAAAUAAAAAUUCUAUCCCGUUAGCUAACAGCAUUUCGACUUGGUUUGUUAGUUAAAAAAAAACUCUUCCAGUUCAAUUGUCUAGGUGUUUGAUACUGGCUAGGAAAUUCGGGGAGAAUUUCCCCUAAUUGAGAUCCACCUGUCUAAAAGUUGCUGCGGCUGUCAAAUACUGGUCUAGACCGCUUUUGUAAUCCUGAGUUAUUUGCUGAUUUUCACCAAAAAUAGUAAUAAUGGAGGAUAGGUAAUUAUUUGCAUCAACUCUGGAAAGCGAGCCACUUGUUUCUAUAAUGGGAAAGACUGAAAUAUUUUAGGUGUAGGAACAGUAGAAUUAAAAUAUUUUAAAUACUUGCUAUGGCUGACCACUGUGAAGGAUUUCUGUUAUAGUAUAAUAAGACCUUUUUUACAUAGAACUAAUAGAGGAUGUUUAUAGUGGCCUUGGAAAAUCUUCAGUGUUAUGGCUAAAAUCUGUUUUGACUCCGAGAUAACACUUGGACAGAUCCAUGGUAAGUUGCCCUUUGCUCUCACCAAAGAUAGCUCAAUGCAUCAAUGAGGAUUUCUAGGGCCUAACCUAAGAGCUCACAAUUCUGCCACUGUUUUUGGCAUUUGUCUACAUAGAUAGGAUUGGAUUAACAAUGAGCUUUCCAUUGUAAGUUGGCUAGUAUUCCAGUCUUUUAGCCAGGAGGCUACAUUUGAAUCGGGAUCUACUAGAUAGAUGGGCAGGGCUUUUUGACCAGGUGUUGAAUGAUAAACCUUUUAGCUCUUAAGAAAAAAACAUGCCCUGAGUAGAUAUUUGUGUGAGACUACUUGUUUGGGGAGGGAAAAAAUACAUUCCUUAAUUUUUUCUCUGUGCUUGUCUGCCUGAGUGAUUGGUUUUGGCCUGGCUCUAGGACUAGAUGGACUUUGAUAUUCGUGGCUGAGAGGCUGGAUAGAUAGAUAUUCUGCAAGCUCCUGGCCUGCUUGCAGCUAUCUUCAUCCAGGAAGUAGCAUCCAGAGUGCUGAUUUCCAUAUCAAACUUCUUUUGUCCUAGACCUGUAGUAUCUAAUACUAUGUCCCCCUCAGGUUUCUGCUCUUCAUCAUCAUUCAUGGAUCGCUCCUUGGUAUCCAACUGAUAGUUGGACAGUUAAGCUUUGUUGCAUUGAGUUCUCAGUGAACCUCAGGACUGUUUUAAAACUUUCUGGAUUAGUUCUGCAGUUAGGAACUUGGUACCAAACACAAUGUCUGUCCCCCAUCCCAUUUCUCUAUCUUGCUGAUUAGAUUUUGCUGAUGGAUGUGAGAUGAUCUUUCAGUUAAUCUUCACAGUGGUGAGGAGUCCAUGAAGGACUUUUUGAUAGGCAUGUCUCUCUGAAGGCUGUUGUUUCCACUUGAGGCUAAGGAAUUGGAAUUUCAAAGAACAGGUAAAAGAAUAAAUUCUAAACCAGAUGUUGCAUGGUGAUAGGUUGCUUGGACAUUUUGACUCUUGCAUCCUGCAAUUUCACAGGGGUGUGGCAGGUUGGAAGAGAUGUGUGGUUGCCGAUCAUCUGCAAAACUGGGUAACUCUUGAACAUUAAAGAGAAUUCUACUGUGGAGAGAGGGUGAAUGCAAGAAUAAUAUAUGUGUAUGGGUAAAUAUAUACAUCCCAAUAUAUAUAAAUAUAUAUAUAUAUAUGUAAAUUACUUUUAGAAGAAAUAACAUCAGGGAAAAUGCUUUGGAUUGAUUAUGAGGUGCAUCUGGUUUAGCUGAUGACAUUUCAUACACCUGGCUUUCCAAGCAUCGACAAUAAUUC